AUGGCACCCAAAAAAAGGGGGCGCAAAAAAGAGACCCCCAAAGAGCCAGAGGUGGAUGAGAAUAUCGUGCCAGAACACAGCCGAGAAUUUUAUCUCAUCCAGAUCCGAGAUUUGGAGGGACGCCUGGCCCGGUACCAGCAGAAAUGGGACCAGUUGCAGGUAAGCGAAGAACUUUUCCGGAACGAAUACGAGAAAAUGUUGACCGACAACAAGGAGAUUGUGGCCUUCCUGAAGAAGACACUCAACCAACGGGUGGAUGAGAUCGCGGAGCUGAGCCUUCAGUUUCAGAACCUCCAGCAGGCCAAAGACUUGGAGAAGGACGCGUUCGAAACCCAGCUGGUCCAACUGAGGCAUGAAUUCCAAGAAACCAAGGAUCAGCUGACCUCGGAGAACAUGCUGCUGAGUAAGCCAGAUUGGCGGGAACGGCCGCUGGCGGAGGAGGAAGACGGCGAGUUUGACGUGGUGUUCCAGCUGCGGCGUAAAAGCGCCUUGCACAGCAUCCUUCGUUUUGUGCAGAGGAGCGUCGCCCGCCUGGACUCUCAACAAGGCCUCCACCCCGUCGCAAUCGAGAGCAAGGUGGUCAAAGUCACCAACCUGUCCAGAAGCCUCUCCAGCGAAUGGCACACGAAGGCCUCGCGCACCACGUCCCACUGCAACAUCUUCAAGCUGCCCAAGCCGGUGCACAGCCUGCCCUCCCUGGACUCCGUCUCGUCCUCGCAGCAGCUGAUCACCCUCCGCCCAUAUGGCAGCGCCAAGGAGUCUAUAUUGUCCUGGAGAACCGAGAGUAACAGCAAGGGCGCCCCACACGCCAAGAGCGCUACCCAGGCGCCGGAGGAGAGCGCGCAGAUGUCGGAGGAGGUAGUGAUCCGUGAAGACCUGCCAGAAAUAGUGACUCACCUGGCCAGGCAGGAGCUGCUCAGCAAGUAGAGCGGAAGAAGGGGGUUGAGGUGUGUGUGUGUGUGUGUGUGUGGAAACUACGGCAUAACUA